GAGGACGCCCUGUUAGCUGUCGCUGAACCCGUUGGUGUGCUUGCACCAUCCGCGGCUGUCGAGCAGUACGCGGUUGAUGUAACUGACGGGGAAGCAGUGAGCGAGAGUGUCAAGAAGUGCAUCGAGAAGUUUGGAAGGAUCGAUGUCGUCAUCGCCAACGCGGGUUCCAUGGAGAAGUGGGCAAGGCUGGCGGACGCCGAUCCGACCGAAUGGUGGACGAGCAUGGUAAGCCUUCAUCUCCAUUCUCAACUCUGGGUAAGAAGUGUGCUAAAGUUAACGCAUGCUAUCCUUCGUUCCUCCUUACUAGCUCAACAUAGGGACCUUGGUGCAAGUGCGUACCAGAUUUCGAAACAUGCAUUGAUCCGCCUGGCCGAAUUCAUCGACGUUGGUGAGCUAAUCCGUAUCCAGACUGAUCAACUCACUGCCAUGGGUAACAACGUGCCCUCGAUCACACCAUUCCUAGUGGAUACUAGUACAGAGCUUGCAAGUCAUUUGUUGGUCCGGCUGAGCAGUGGAUCGGAAGACUGGCUCAGCGGAAGGUUUUUGAGCGCAAACCGGGACUUGGAUGAGCUGGCUACGAGGAGAAAGGAGGAAGGCGAUUUGUUGAAGAGUAGGUUG